AUGACCGAGUUUAGCGUGGCGAUUAUCGGCGGAGGGCUAGUUGGGUCGCUCUCUGCUGUUUAUUUUGCAAAGAGAGGUUACACAGUCACUGUCUAUGAGAAACAGUCUGAUAUUCGACAGAGUCAGAAAGUUUCGGGACGAUCCAUCAACUUGGCUUUGUCAGCUAGAGGAAUUGCUGCUCUUCAAAGUGCUGGUGUGUAUAAAUCUAUUGCAGAAACCUUGAUUCCAAUGCAGGGUCGUAUGUUGCAUGAUAGCAACGGCACUCUCUCUUCUCAGCAAUAUGGUAUUCAUGGAGAGUUUAUUAACUCGGUCGAUCGCAGAUUUGUCAACGAGGAGCUGUUGAAUGCUGCCGAAAAGUACUCAAAUGUUAAAAUCUACUUUGAGCAUAGUGUUGUUUCUUGCGAUUUCAAUAAUCGGACCAUGAUCAUUUCAGACUCUACCGGUCAAAAUAUCACUGUGCAUGCUAAUCUGAUUGUUGGUGCCGAUGGUGCAUACUCUCGAGUUCGUACUGAACUGCUCAAAAAAACCAUUGGAUUCUACUCGCAAGAAUAUAUUGAUCACGGCUAUGUCGAACUGACGAUGCCUGCUACACAUUCUGGAAAUUAUGCAAUGGAUCCAGGUCAUUUGCAUAUAUGGCCUCGUCAAACUUUUAUGAUGAUUGCACUCCCGAACGUGGAUCGAUCGUUUACAGUCACGCUUUUUAUGCCCUGGUUUAAAUUUGAAGAAAUUCAAACUCCAACUCAACUGAUUGAAUUUUUUGAGGAUAAGUUUGCUGAUGCUGUACCCCUGAUUGGCAAGGGAUUUUUGGUUCAAGAGUAUUUUAAAAACACCAAAGGAUCUCUAGUUUCCAUCAAGUGCAAACCAUAUCAUUACAAAGAUCGAGCAGUGAUUAUUGGCGAUGCAGCACAUGCCAUGGUUCCUUUUUACGGACAAGGCAUGAAUUGUGGUUUUGAAGAUGUGUUGAUUCUUGAUAACCUGUUUAGUAAGCAUCUUGAUACACUCAGCAUUUCCAUUGAUAGCCAUGACGAUCGCAAAGUUCCACAACUUGAAAUGUUUACCUUGAGUAGCAUCUCCAACAUGUAUGUCAUGUCUGCUCCUACUCCAUCUCAGCUUGCAUCGAUUCUGAAAGAGUACUCGACGAUACGCAAUCCAGAUGCAGAGGCCAUUUGUGAUCUUGCUUUAAACAACUACAUUGAAAUGCGAUCCUCGGUCACCACGUGGUCGUAUUUGCUACGUAAAAAGUUUGAGAGCGCCAUGUAUGCACUGUUUCCCAAUCUGAUUACACCACUCUAUACCAUGGUAUCGUUUUCGAGAAUUCCAUACUCUGAAGCUAUGAGAAAGUGGAAGGCUCAGACAUGGUGGUAUCGGACAGUUGGACGUGCCAGUAUAUGGUGUGGUGUAUUGGGUGUAGGUGUUUACGCGCUGUUGCGGACACCUCAUGUCCGUAAAGCGAUUGUAUCUGUUCUGGAUUACUAAGACGACACUGACAACGGGUAAAGAAAGUACCCAAUGAAAUUCUCUACACUUGAUCUACCCAACCAAAACCUUUCCUACUGUGGUACCAAUUCAUUCGUUAUACGAUUUCUUGAACAGUAUCUUAUAAAGCUCAAUAAAAUUGGACUGAUUUGAAAAUC